AUGAAUACAAGACAGCUUGAUACCACCACUAGUAGACCCACGCGGGUUCAGAAGACGCCGCGUAUCUAUACCUGCUCUGUAUGCCAGAGGACGUUUAAGAGAAGUGAGCAUUGUUCAAGGCACGAACGCGGUCAUACCCACGAGAAACCAUUCCCUUGCAGACUAUGCGGUCGUAGAUACGCGCGAAAGGAUGUCGUCAUACGACAUGAAAAGUCUUUUCACCGUCUGGAAAAUCCAAGACGUCAACCUCCCCCCCUUCAACCGUCAUCACCAGAUGCCGAUGCCGAUGCCGACCCAGAGCCGUUCGCAGACACGAUUGUAGUCGGUACCCACAAUCACUCUACAAAUACUCAGUCGCAUAUCAAACCCGAGCAGCAGGAAACACCGGAGAUGCAAUCUACAUUGGAUCCGCUACUGCGAGAACAUGAUGCACAAUUAGCUGGACAUCCAGGUUCUUCUAAUUGUCAUAUGAAUGGACAUGGUGGGCCAGAUCAUGGAUUUCAACAAUACCAGAAUGGUUUCAUAGAUCCUGCCCUGGAUAUUUCUGAUCUCUUUGGCCCAUCUCCCAAUCUGAUAGCCCGAACCUGA